AUGAAACUGAGCCCAGAAAAUUGCGCUGUUCCACGUGGGCAGCGGGUGGAGGCAGGAGAGUCCUUCUUUUACUGUGAACGCAGCAAACCGAAAGUUGAGACGUCGUACCGCAUACGUCUUAUUUCCGGCACGUCAAACGCCGCCCUGUCGGAAAGCGUGGCAAAGUCUUUGAAUAUUUCUCUCUGCCGCACUGAGAUCAAACGAUUUGCGAAUGGGGAACUGGACAUCAGGGUUCUAGAUGAUGUGCGCGGUGAUGACUGCUUUAUCAUUCAACCCACGGCUGGAAAUGAGCAAACAGAUCUCAACACUGCCAUGAUGGAGCUCUUGCUGCUGGUGCACACACUGAAGCUUUCCUCUGCCAAGCGCAUCACCGCCAUUGUGCCUUAUUUUGCCUACAGCCGCCAAGACAGAAAGACGGAGCCGCGCGUGCCCAUUUCGGCAUCGGCUGUGGCGCAGCUUAUACAGUGCAUGGGCGUUGAUCGCGUUGUGACGCUGGAUCUGCAUUGCGGCCAGAUUCAAGGGUUUUUCCGGAAUAUGCCGGUUGAUAAUCUUCUCAUGUUUCCUGAAUUUGCGACUUACAUAAUGAGGCAACCAUGGUUUGACAAGGAGAGGACCGUUGUGGUGUCACCUGAUGCGGGAGGCGUGGAACGUGCUAAUGUCUUGGCUGAUCGCAUUGGUGCCAGCCACAUCGUGACGAUCCUUAAACGACGUGUAGAGGCUGGCAAGGUUGACUCCAUGCAAACCGUUGGUAAUGUCGACGGGUAUACUUGCAUCAUCGUAGACGACAUGGUGGACACGGCAGGCACACUCUGUAAGGCGUGUAACCUGCUGAAAGAGAUGGGGGCGGUACGCCUGGUGGCUUGCUCCAGCCACGGCAUCCUGACGGAUCCGGCGUGCGAGCGCAUCAACAACUGCGAGGCAUUGAGUGAACUCGUUGUGUCGGACUCUAUUGCGCAGAACAUCAACUCCCAAAAGUGCAGCAAACUGACGGUCCUCACAAUAGCACCGCUGCUUGGGCGGGCGAUCGACAAUCUGCACCAAGAGGCCUCGCUGUCUUCCCUGUUCUCGAAGUCCGGGGCCUCCAAGUAA